ACAACCAGAAAAAGUUCCUUCUGAAUGAAGUGACACGACCCAAGUCGAAGCUCGAUCGUUCAGUUAUCAUCCCCUUCAAACAAUGGAAAUGCACCCGAACCACCAAUAUAAAGGUGUCAGCACAGGCACAACCAUCCUUGCAGUAAAAUUCAAUGGAGGGGUUAUCAUUGGUUCUGACUCCAGGGCCUCAGUUGGUGGGUCUUAUGUGUCCUCUAAAGUCAUUAACAAGCUGAUCCAGGUUCAUGACAGGAUAUUCUGUUGCAUUGCUGGCUCAUUGGCAGAUGCGCAAGCUGUAACAAAAAUGGCUAAGUUCCAGCUAUCUUUUCACAGUAUACAGAUGGAGUCUCCCCCCUUGGUGAAAGCCGCAGCAUCCGUGUUAAAGGAGCUUUGCUACAGCAAUAGGGAGGAUCUGCAGGCUGGUUUCAUCACAGCAGGUUGGGACAGGAAGAAAGGGGCACAGGUAUACACAGUAUCGAUGGGAGGAAUGCUUAUUAGUCAGCCUUUUACUAUUGGUGGUUCUGGUAGCACCUACAUAUAUGGCUAUGCAGAUGCUAAAUACAAACCUGAUAUGAGCCGUGAGGAGUGCCUUCAGUUCACUACAAAUGCAUUGGCCCUGGCUAUAGGCAGAGAUAAUGUCAGCGGGGGUGUGGCCCACUUGGUGGUGAUUACCGAGGAUGGAGUGGAACAUGUGGUUAUUCCUGGUGAUAAACUGCCUAAGUUCCAUGAUGAGUAGAAUAUCUCUAGAACAGUGGAUCUUAGUCCUGGUCCUGGAGUACCACUAUCUAGCAUGUUUUCUUAACCUUAUGAUAGCCUUACACUUGUCUUAGGCUGUAAGAGUUGACAAGGUAAAAUCUAAAUUUAUCACAGCCUGUGCUACUUGUGCCCAUCCUUUUCUUAAAGAAAAUCGUAAGAAAAUAAUUAAGACUGUCUUAAGAGAAUAUUUGAGAACUUAAGGUUUUUCAAGAAUUGCAUUUAAGAACAUUCUUGUGAACUUCUUAAUGCUUGUCUUAACAACUGUCGCAAGUUUUUUCUUAAGAAAGUCUUCAUGACUCUAGCCCCAUGGCUGAGAACCACUGCUCUAAAACAUAACCAUCGACAUAACAAUCAUAACAGUCAACUGUGACAUUUGCAAUAGUGUGAUCAGUUGAAGUCCUGUUGAAAAUCUGUUCACAUGUAAAUCAAUUAAAAAUAUACAUUUUUCUGUGCUACAAAA